CAAUUCCAUUAGUCAUUCCAAUUUUCCCACACAUAAAAAAAAAGUAUGUCACAUGAGGAUAUUUCUGAAUGGCAACAAAUCCCAUAUUCUUCAUCUUCAACUACAACCAAUAAUAAUAACAAUAAUAUUCAAAUAGCUUUUGAUGAAAUGACUAUUUUGCCCUUGAUUGAGGAUAUUACUAUUGAUAAUAAUAAUAGUAAUGAUGAUGAUGAGAAGGGUGAAUAUGGAAAUAAGUGGUUGAAAAAGAGUUUAAGAGAAUUGAGUUGUUGGAUUGUUCAAGUGGCUUCAAAGAUGAGAAAUUAUGCUUCUUCUAAAGUUGGAAUUGGAAAAUUCACUUAUAAUGGAAGUAGAAUAUUGACAUUUCUUUUGGUUCCAUUGUUUUAUUGGAUGAUAAAGAAAAAAUGGAGGCGGCAAAGACAAAUUGAUAAUACUUCUAACAAACUUAUGCUACUUGUCCAAGAAAAAGACCAGAAAAUCGAACAAUUAUCGCUCCAAAUUAGCCAGAUGAAUGAGUCCCUACUAACACGGCGAAAAGUUCCGGUCCUUCAAGUAGGCUAAUAUAUACACUAGCCAUUAGUUGUUUGUUGUGCAAGUAUAUAGUUAAAGAAGAUAUCUUAGUAGUAUUUGGUAUGAAAUAUUAUGUACUCUUUUUAAAUGCAAUGCUUUCUUUCUUUUACUUUCGGAGGAGAUAUAAGAAAGUGUGUCGUGUUUAGAUUUGGUAUCAA